CCAUAUCCAAGUAGGAUUCAAGACGUUCUCUCUCAUUUAAUUUUCUAUAAAGUAGUGAGCCAUAUGAAAUUACAAUUUCAUCAAAAUACUAAUUUCUCGUUCUGUGGUUUGGACGAGUGGGUAAGGUGGCCGUCCGAUUGUAGGCACAAAACACCCCAACAAUAAAUUGUGUCUACAACCAGAUAACCACAUACUCCAAUUGUUUGGGCUGAAAAAAUCAUCUCAGUCCCACCCACCUCUUUGAUCCCAACCAAUUGUGUCUCCAGCUGGAAGUCCACAUACGCUGAUCGUCUAGACAGUAGAAUUCUUUUGGAGAAAAAAAAAAAAAAAAAAAAAAAUUCAGCCGGUAACUUCACCACGUCAAUCACCACUCCGACAGACAGUAGAAUUGAACUUCAAAUAAAACCUUCUAAGCACUUAACGAAAGCCCAUCUCAAAUUCAUAUGAGUUGGGCCUCCCUCAGCCCUUGUAUGGAAUAGGCCCAUUAGCUCGGUCUCUUUGCCAUAAAACAGUUGGUCAGUUGCAUUCAACUAUAACUGUUCUCUGUUUUUCCCUCCACUGCAACAAACUCACAAACCCCGAAGCAUUCCUCUCUCUCUCUCUCUCUCUCUCUCUCUCUCUCUCUCUCUCUCUCUCUCUCUCUCUCUCUCUCUCAAUAACCACGCUUGAAUCGAACAGCAAUGGCGCCUCCCUGCACUCGCUGGCACGCAGCAGUCUACUUCACCAUGGCUGCAGUCUUGGCCUUCAUCGCAAUCUCCAUGACUCUGCGGUCGCAACCCAACGACGUGUCCUCCCAAUCCAGACCCAUCAGCCACUUCGUCUCCCUCGGCGCCUCAAGAACUCUGAGACGAGCUGGCUUCACCGUCAUCGCCACCCUUCUCCAGCUCUCGCCGGAACUCUUCUUCUCCUCCGCAAACAACACCCUCUUUGCCAUCAAAGACUCCGCCAUCUCCAACUCCUCCCUCCCGCCACGCCUUCUCAAAAACCUCCUGCGGUACCACACUUCUCCUCUCAGGCUUUCCUUCGAACAGCUUGUGAACAUGACUCAGGGUACUUGCUUGCCGACCCUGUAUCAGAACAAGAAGAUCGCAAUCACCAAAAUCGACGAGAAGGAAAGAUCGGUGGAAAUCAAUCACGUGUUGGUGUCGCACCCGAAUCUGUUUCUUGAGGGACCGAUUUUGAUUCACGGUGUUCUUGGCCCGUUCUCCGCUUUGGAUCCGAGCGAUGUUAAUGAGGGUUGGGAUAUUAUCCAAUCGCCGGCCUGUGAUUCGAGUUCCAACAUGGUUUCUGAUGUUCCUGAUGCCAAGAACAUGGUCGAAUGGUCCCGGAUCAUCCGAUUGCUGAGUUCGAACGGGUUCGUUUCUUUUGCUGUCGGGCUGAACUCUGUUCUUGAUCGGAUUCUUGGAGAUCAUAAGGGUUUGAAGUCUGUGACAAUCUUUCUUCCGCCAAGCUUGGAGCUUGAAGCGUAUCCUUUCCCCUUGCUCGAGAAGAUUGUGAGGUUUCAUAUUCUGCCUCAGAGGUAUACAACCAGAGAGCUCGAAUCGAUGCCUGCCAGAACACUGCUCAUGACCCUGCUUCAUGAUCAGCCUCUUGAAUUCACUGGGACUCUGGAUUUCAUGAAAGAAUUGGUCGUUAAUGGAGUGAAAAUUGUGGCGCCUGAUAUCUUUUCUUCAAAUAGGUUUACUGUCCAUGGGAUCUCCCGACCUUUUGAGCUGGAUCAUCUGCCUACUCCAGCGAGAUAACAUGGCUUCUAAUCAACGGGUGCCCGUAACAGUAUAACUCAGUCUCAUCCCCCUCAGCCAAUUCAUAUAUGAAAUCAUGCAAAAUCCAAAGUUACAGGCACAUCACCUUACAAAUACUUCUAGUUCUAGAGUAACUUGAACCCUGAAUUACGAUGAACCGCUGUACUUUUGUCUUUGGUUUGUGAAGCAGUAUGUGAUAAGAAGUGUAAAUCCUCAUUUGAUUCAGUGCAUAGUUGAAUCACUGACUCAAUAAAUAGUUAGUAUCACUGACUCAAUAAAAUAGUUAGCCUUCAGCAUCCA